AUGGGGACACCUCUCCCCUUGGGUUGGAAGCCUCUGAACAUCGACCAUUAUGACGGAUUUUCCGAUCUAGAUGAGCACAUUUACGCGUACGUCACACAGAUGAAUUUGUACACCAAUGACGACGCCCUAAUGUGUCGGGUUUUCCCAACCUCGUUGAAAUGCCCCGCACUCACUUGGUACACUCAAUUACCAAUAGGAUCAAUCGAUAAUUUUGAGACCUUGAUGAGACGAUUCAUAGCACAAUACGUGACGAGUCGACCUCAUCACAUCACGUCUACCACCCUGGCCAACCUCAGGCAGGGCGAGAAUAAGUCGUUAAGAAAAUUCAUGGAGCGAUUUGCCAAUGUGUUCAUCCAAAUACAUAACCUUAAUCUUGAAGUCACCUUGCACUCCAUGCUCAUGGCAUUGAAACCAGGACCCUUUAUCAACAGCCUUUGUCGAUGA